GAGUCAGUUUCGCGCAGUUACUCGUCGAACGUCGCCGCGAAACGUGGUUGCUGCUCUGGUGUGCUGUGAUGGUGUGAUUUUCCACCCUUAGCAACGCAACAGACCCGGAUGUACUGGGCGGAGGAAAGAGCUCUCACUCUAUUCAAGGAUCGGUGUUGUGGAUGUGUGUGGUGCUAGCAGAAUCAUCUGUUAGUUGGUUGCGAUUACUCGAAAGGGCCAGUUUUAACGUGACCCGCCGUUGUGACGUUUGUGAGAGCUGAUGGCUCUAAAGUGCUUUGAAGAGUGAUUGUUCGUUCAAAGCCUAUUCUUUCUCGAAUGGUUUGCAAACUGUGUGUGAGUGUGUGAGGAAAAUUCCCCCAAAAAAAGCUCAUCAACAAACGGUGCUACAAACUGUAGCGAUCGGUGUGACGUGUUUGUGUGUGUGUGUUUCUGGGAUUAGUAAUUAAGCGAAGGAAUCUGAGCUGAAGCCGAUAGGAUACGGGCGUGCAAAGAGCUCUCCCCCUUUUUUGGCAGAGUGAAAAUGGCCAUUCAAAUGGAACAGGUUCUUUUCCUUCUGCUAUCGCUGUACGCGACCCUGACCGUGGGCGAUCAUGCACCGCCAUUUAAGCCGUUGCAUCCGUCGGCCUACACCAAGUCUCCACUGAUGUAUCCGAGCUUCGUGCCCAAGCACGGCAUCGGGCUGAAACCGUACAUGACGCAAUUUCGUGCCGGCACGCGGCUAGCACCAGUAGCGAUUCGGCCAGCUCCAUCAAUGAUUAUGAGUUUGAAAAGACCCAUCAAAUCCAUUCUAAGCCACCCUUCGCUUAUGAAGCAACCGCUACUGAAACGACCACCGCCAUCGCUAGCCUUUACCGCGGCCAGCAUCAAGCAUCACAAGUUCCACAGUUCCCCGCCAGGACCGAGCACGGGUGAGAUUGUGUUCGAGAAGCUGAAACCGAUCACCACGAAGCUUACCUCUCACAACGAUGGAGCAAUCCAUACGAUCCCUGCACCGAACCUGGGCCUAGCAAACGCACCGAAGCCCCCGAACCAGAUCCGAGUGACGUCCUACGAGGACAGCAACAAGCUGGAGAUUGAAGUGAAGACAACCAAGCCCACGUUUACAGCGAAACCGGCCUUUUUGAACCUCAGCCCAACGCCCGCCCCGGCUGUAGGAACCUACGCCCAUCACCACCCCAUCGGUGCCAACCCGCACCAGUACCAGGUGACGGAGGAGCACUCCAACGAUGUCACGAUCGGUGAUUUGUACUCGGGCAAGAAGACGUACUUUGCACCGGAUCCGGACCCAUCGCUGCCGAGCAAAUCGCUCGUCCCAACGUCCGAUCCGCUCAGCAUACCGAGCAAUGGGAAGUUUGCGCCAGCCACCAGCGUGCUGGUACAGUCACCGGUCGCGCACUACCCACUCCAACCGCAAACCAGCGCCUCGGCCGUGAUCCAGUACGUCAACGCAGUGCCGCAGGCCAGCUAUGCCAUUCCGCUCGCCACCCAGCCCCAGCUGCAGCAGCACAUACUGCAACAGACGGCCAUGCUGCAGGAGAUGCCCGUUUCGCUCUAUAAUCCCACCUAUCUUGUGACCCAAUCCAACAACCUUUACAACACCCACCAACAGCAGGCGUCGGUGAAUCUCUUCAAACCGGACACCAACUUCCUUGGCACGGUGCAGCAUCAGCAGCAGCAGCACCACCAGCCACAUCCGCUACAUGUGCAAACACAAACGCAGGCACCGCCCAUCCCAACGACCGUGCUGUACAACUCGUACCCGGCGUACAACAAGCACGCUGAACCGGCCGCCAGCACCGGCCAGAUCCUGUCUGCUACGCAGGAUCAGCUGCACGAGCUGCAGUCCGUCGUGAACCAGAUUCAGUUGAACGACAUCCACAACCAGCAUUCCGGCGACAUGCCAACGUACGCCCAGCUCGUGGGGCACGAGCAGCCGGCCAUCCAUCAGCAGCAGCUGCCCCAGCUCAACCAGCUCGAGCAGCAGCUGCAGCAGCAGCUGAUCCAGCAGCACCAGCAGGAAAAGGGCCAGAAUGCGCAGCGCCAGAUGACCGACGCCGAGAUUGCCAACCUGCUCAACUACGGUAUGAUCAAUCUGCACAACAAUCUAUCCCCGAGCGACUACUACCACUAUCAGGUGGACCAGCCGACGGCGGUCCAGCAACCGUCAGCGCACCACACGUUCUACGAGCUGUCCGAGCGGCAGAAGGAAAACGAUCGCAUCCUGGCGCAGGCCCAGCAGGAGCUGUACCACCAGCAGAACCAGCAGCAGCAGUACCAGCAGCAGCAGCAGCACCAAUACCAGCAACAACAAUUACAGCACCAGCAGGACCAGCAGCAGCAGUAUCCGGCAGACCAGCAUUCCGACUAUCUGCAGGCGUACCAGGAGCAUCAGUUGGCCGUUUCAAACAUUCUCGGCUUGCAGGACAAGCAGACGCAAGGGGGAGGCACUGUGCAGCAGUAUCAGCACCAUCCGCAGGCAGCCAUCGGCAGCACAAUGGCGCCCCAGUCAACGCAGAGUCCACUGCGAAUAUACGUACCGGAUGGAGAGCACGAAUACUCCAACAAUAUAAACGCACAGAAACGAAUGGACGAAAUCGAUUUCGAGUACGCCGAUGUGGAACCGCAGGAUCAGGGUGUAGAGGGUGAUACCGUCAGCACGGCCACGAAUGCUCAUGCACGAAGCGACGAACUCAUCACGCCAACGUCCUACGACGACACCACCACUAAUGCGUACUACGACGAGCGAACGGCAGAGGAUGGUAACGAGGACGGGAACAGCGAGUACUAUGACCAGAAUCUAAGCAACCAUCGGCUAGAGUAAGCAUCGCUGCAUGCCGAUGCCACGUGCGCCAGUCCCUUAUAUUAGCGCCUUGCGCUUGCGUUGCCUAACUGCUCGAUUGCGCACUGUACAGCUGGUUGUUUGAUCAGAUCAGGGAAGGGUAAGAACGGAAGCGUUAGUGUAUAUCGUACAAUCGUACAUCUUUAGCGUGUAGGAAACAAA